UGUCAUAACCACGAAAAACUACCAGUUUAGAAACAUAGGGAUAGGAAAAAAUAACAAACUGAAAACCAUGCCAAGCUAUGAAAAUAUCGCGGCAUUUUAAUACAAGAAUACAAGAAGUUUUUCAAAGUUUUAAUCCUGCAGGGAUAAAAAGGUGAUUUAGCUAGCACCAAGCCACUCGGAGGUAAGCUUGUACCACGGCUGUCACGCCAAAUAAACGCCUUAAAUCACUCGGGCGAAUCAGAGCGUUUAGCCUGCUGUUAUUUUCCGAUCGAUUUGUUUGGAUUUGUUUCUCUGUGUGUGUUUAACAUAUCUUUGUCGAGGGUCACGAUUCGAGUGUUAACUUAAUUUAAUUUUCAAGUCGCCACAAUAAUAUAGGGAAACCGAUAAAUUAUUGGAAAUAGAGUAUUUUAUACGAUUUCAAAAUAACUGACUGGGGAGAGUGCUUCGCACGAAUAUGAAAUGUUGCUAGGAUGAGGGUGUAAGGUAUUGAAAUCUUUUAAUUAUUGGGCAGUGAAGUUUUGAUUAGUAAAUAUUAUCUCCAUAUUUUUCAAAUCGACAGACGUAUCGACUAAUAUUCUGUCUUUUUGUCGAUUUUAUUGAUUAGAAGAAGAAACGUCGUUUACACUUGUGCCGCUAUGGAUGGUGGGGGAGAAAGAUGUUUCAAGAUCUUUAAACUGGUUCUGUGCUUAUGUUCAUUAUCCAUUGGUGAACUGAAGAAAACGCAUCCUUAUUCCCACGGCAUCCAUAGACAUAUGACAACCAGAGAUCUCUCCCGCUUGUUUGGAAUAGAUUCCCAUAACGACGUACCUGAGUACAACGUUGUGCAUCCAAUUCAAGUGGACGAGGAAGGCAGCAUCGUCUCUCACGAACUAUCGUAUCCGAGAAUACGUAUUCGCCGCUUUUCAGAGGAGGUAGAUCACAACGAAGAAGUGCAUUUUAAGGUGUCAGCUUUUGGAAAUGAUCUUCAUCUCCAUUUAAAACGAAACAGGAGACUAUUAGCACCUGCGUUCAAAGUGGAGGUUUUAGGAAAACAUGGAAGAGUUUUAAAACGGCAUACCAUGGAAAAUUGCCACUACGUCGGAAGAGUGAAAGCUAGAUCAAGAUCAACAGUAGCAAUGAGCAAUUGUCAUGGACUGACUGGGUUAAUUCACACAGAGGACGAAGCCUAUUUCCUGGAACCACUUCCGACUCACUUGCAUGACAAAGUAACUACUAAUGGUAGAAGUAAACCUCAUAUAAUUUAUAGAAGAGCUGCUAACCUUGAUAAAAGACAAGCCCUUAAUGCCGCUAGAGAAAAGAGGGAAGUACAUGCUUGUGGAACCGAAGAUGACCCAAAAAUUCGCCUAAUACGUUCGUUGAAUGAUACGCAACCCUCGCAAAGGCACGGACCAGCUGGGCCUGGAGAAGAGAAAUACAUAGAGACCUUGGUUGUGGUUGAUCCAAAGAUGACGAAUUUCCACGGAGAAGACGCCGCGAAGCAAUACGCGCUGUCCGCAUGCAAUAUUGCCUCAAACCUUCUGCGAGAUGGAAGCAUUGGCCAGAAUCAAGUGAAUUUUGUAGUUAGGAGAAUGCAGAUUCUAACAACUCCGCAGUCAGGACUUGUUGUUAACCACCACGCAAGCAAUACACUGGAAAGCUUUGGCAGAUGGGCGGAGCGGAAUAACAAUCCUUUGGACAACGAUGAAAAUCACUACGAUUAUGCCACUUUAUUUACGAGAUAUAAUAUUUGUAAAGACAAGAACCAACCUUGCGAGACAUUAGGUCUUACGAGAACGCGUGGAAUGUGCAGCUUCCCCAAUUCUGCUAGUGUUGGUCAAGACAACGGUUUGAUGCUUGGAAUGACUCUCGCACAUGAAACAGGACACAGUCUUGGAAUGAACCACGACAGAGGUGCGUGUCCUGAUGGUGUGAACAUCAUGGCAUCUUACCCGGCAGGGAAGCAGUCAGCUUUCCAGUGGUCAGCUUGCAGUAAGAACUACUUGCAACAAUUCUUAAACUCAGAGGAUUCUCGCUGCUUGGAUGAUAACCCAACCAAAACGAAUGUGAUAGAAAUCAGGACUCUGGACAAGCCCGGUAGACUGUAUGACGCCCAUGAACAGUGUCAGCUGGCUUACGGACAGGCUGCUAAGUUCUGUGGAGGACAAAAGUUUAUGGACCAAAUCUGCGUGAAGCUCUGGUGUGAGGUGCCUGGGGGAAGUGGAAACUGCAAGACGGCUGAGAUACCUGCAGCUGACGGCACUCCGUGUGGAGAUAGCAAGUGGUGUAGAAGGGGUCAGUGUAUACCUCUGGGCACUGAAGGACCUGACACCGUAGACGGUGGCUGGUCCAAAUGGUCCGAUAAGUAUUCCGACUGCAGUAGAACAUGUGGAGGAGGUGUGCAAUACAGAGAACGUAGAUGCAUCGCACCUCGCCCCAAAAAUGGCGGGAAGCGCUGUGAAGGAGAGGAAAGGGAAUACAAACUGUGCAACACUGGGUCCUGUUCGCCUGACUCAAUGGAAUUCAGAAACCAGCAAUGUCAAGUAAAAAACUCACAAUUGUUCAACGAUCAGUACUACGAGUGGGAAUGGAAACCUUCAACGUUAAAGAGCAAGUGUGUUCUGGGCUGUUUUAUCAAAGGAACUGGAUUAGGUUUUGCCUUUGGAAACGUUGUCGACGGCACGGACUGUGAAAAAAAUUCUCUUGACAAGUGUAUCGAGGGACAAUGUACGAAAGUUGGUUGUGAUGGCGUAAUUGGUUCUAAUGCAGUAAUCGAUAGAUGCGGUGUGUGCAAUGGAGAUGGAAGUACUUGCUUGCCGGGAUCCAGAGACAGCGUAGCACGAAACAGCACAAGCACAAAGAAGGAAGUUACUCCGGGAGCUGCUAACCUUAUCACAAGUGCCUUGGAUUGGCUGAAGCGCAUGGGUUAUGAUGUCGACAGAAGAGGACAAAUCGCCUCUCCUGAAAGCAUCACCAAAGACACACAGAAGGAAGACUUUUACUGGGCUGUGGUCAAAUCUGGCUGCAGUGUAUCCUGCGGUGGAGGUUCGGAGACUUCCUAUGCUGAAUGUCGAAGGUCAGACGAUGGUUCACCAGUGACUCAAGCCAAAUGUGAUGCUGGCAUGAGACCACCGCGUGAGACAGUUCACUGCAACUUUCAACCAUGCCCUCCCGUUUGGAAACCGGAGGGAUGGGAAGACUGUUCUCAGACCUGUAAUGGCGGGAACAGAACACGUGAAAUAAAGUGCAUGCAAGUGGCAGCUGAUGGAAUUGAAUAUGACGUAGACCCCAGACUCUGCUCAGAUCCUAAACCGUCCAUGGUGGAAGCGUGUAAUAACGUGCCGUGCCCAUCUGAGUGGGUGGCACAGCCAUUUGGACAGUGUUCAACAAAAUGCGGACGUGGGCUUCAGAAGCGGACCGUAAAAUGUAUGAAGGCAGAUCACCGUGGAAACCUAAUGGACAUGGAAGAGGCCCAAUGCGAUGCAGCGCUUAAGCCACCAACACAAGAAUACUGUAAUGUACACAAUCCUUGUCCUGGAGAUGACAAUUGUGGCGGGAACUUUACAACAGACGUUGGAACUUUCUCAUCACCAAGCUAUCCAGCGGAUUACCCUGAUAACAAGGAGUGUGUUACAACUAUCUCAGUCAACCCUAACAAGGUUAUCAAGCUUAAUUUCCACAGCAUGCAGGUGGUAUCUCCGGAGGACACCUCAAGACCCGAGAAGUGUAAAGGCGACUUUGUGAAGGUUAUGGAUGGCGACUGUUCGUCAUUCAAAGCUGAAACGAAAUACUGUGGAAAACAGGAACCAGCUCCAUUCAUUUCCACAGGAAACAAACUUUGUGUGAAGUUUUUUUCUGACGAAUCUCAGACAGCUCAAGGAUUCAGUGCAUCUUAUGAGGCUGUCGACAGGCCAACCAAUCCUGGAGAUCAGUGCGGUGCUGUUCUGACCUCACCAGUUGGUUUGAUAACAUCACCUAACUAUCCAGAGCCGUAUCCAAGCAACGAGGAGUGCAAUACUACCAUUAAAGUUGCAAAGGGUCCAAUCAAGGUCGCUUUCCAAGCUUUUGACGUAGGAAAUACAAACUGUGAAGAUGAUUAUGUGGUAAUAGACGAACCUAUUCAAGGAAAGACCAGAAAGCUUUGUGGAAAUCAGAUUCCGAAGGCCUUCAAUAUUUCCUCCAACGAGCUCAAGAUUGCUUUCAAGUCUAAGGAGCGCAUUGGAAGACCCAAACCUGGAUUCGUGGCCACUUACACAUCAGGAACAACUCCAGAUGAGAUACGAAAAACCGCGGGAAAUGCUGGAAUAAAAACUUUUACUUCUAAGCUAGACCAGGGUCUCGUGGCAGAUGCUGUAACCAGAGAGCAUAUCCCAAAGCCUUCUAACACCGGAAUUCCGGCGGGAAUGGGAGUAGACUUCUUACCAGUAUCUAAACAAGACAGCAAAGAAGUCUCCAAGGAGGAAGGAGAGGACAUAGAUGCUGGUGUCGGAGAAAACAAUGAUAAAGAAAACAUUGAUGAUGACCUCAUAUUAGCCAAACCCACAAGUGGUCUUCAAAGUGCUCUCAGUCAACUCAAUGGAGACUCAAGUGGAAGCGGGAGCGGAGAUAGCGAAGCAAGUAACAGAAACACAACCCUUAACAAUUCAACAGCUGGUGAAGAAGAUGAAACUUCACAUGAAAAUGCUCCAAAGAACAAAACAGAAGGUAUUCAUAAUGAUGAAAUUACGAAAGAAACCAUUCCAGAGACCGACCAAGGGAGCCUCGUCAAUCAGACCAUGUCAAAUAGCCUCGAUAAUGAGACUCAACUAAAUGACACCUCUAGUAACCAGACUCUCGCCGGAGCACUUGCAGAAGCCAUAAAAUCACAUGGGAAUGCCCUUAAUAAAACAACAGUUGAUGACCUGCAAACUUUGAAAAAUUCAUCAGGUAGUAUUAUAAAGGCCGAUAAUACUACAAGGAAACCAAUAUCUAAUACGUACCAGAGCGCGACGGACAAGCUUUCCCUCUACGGAAGUGGCGGUUCUCCAAGUCGCCUUACUCUGCUAAUAAAAACUAGAGUAGUGUUAAAAGCCGAUUUCUUUAACCAGCUAGGAUUAAAGUGA